AGAGGGUCGACUGUUACAGCGACUUCCGACGCCGUACGUCAACUCUGUGGUGUUAUGUUUUCACAGAUGAACAGUGGAAAUAACCAUGGAGGUCCCCGAAGAAGAGUUUUGUGACUCCUCGGUGUGGAGUGAUAAUGCCUUUGUUAAACUCGCUGUGUUUCAUAGUAAAAAAUUAUCUUAAGCAAAAAUGGGAAACGCGCAGAGUUGCGGUGUUGCAUCACUUGCCGUAUGUUCACUCUAUUUUGUUUAUGUUCACAUCUACUGUUCUCACAAGUUGCUGAAAACAAAUGUACUCACCAACGACAAACUUCCAAGUUUCGGGUAUCUCUACAUUAAAUAUUUAAUCAGAGCUCUAACUCGGAGAUCAGGCUACCUGCACACAACAAGAGCAAAGAAGAAAUGUGAAGCUGUUUACACUGUCCUCAAGUGCAGGCUGGAGACUCCCAUGUUGAGGAGGUUCUGCGGUGCAGGAGGUUAUGGCUGGGACUAUCCAGACACUGAAUACAGAGACAUUCCACUGUGCUUCCCUGAGUUUCUGUGUAGCAGGCUGCUGCUGAUGGUGCUCACUGAUGAAAACUUCAGACUCAACCCAGCAGGUCUGGUUCGCGUGUGCCAGAGUUUGAAAACCCUUCAGCCAAUCGAUGAGCUGAAGAAAGGUCCAUUCAUGCUGCAGGUUCGAGUCCUGGUGUACCGGCAGACUGAUGCAGGGGUGGAGGUGGACAUCUGUCUGUCUGCCACUUCUCGUUCCAGGUGCCCAGUGUGGGAGAGCGUCCUGACACUGCUGUCCAAAAACAAGCUCAGAGCCAGCAGAGGCUUAACAAGGAAUGAAAAUGACACCCAACUAGAUGAACCUGUGCCAGAGAACAUGAGGCAGGUAGAGCUCAGAGUUCCCUGGAGUACCAACCUGCAGUGUGUAUGGUCUUUCUCUGACUCCUCCCUCUGUAGGCUCCUCUCUCUACCAGCCAAGCUCUUUGGCUGCAGAUCACAGACCACACCAAGUCUCUGGAUGCUGUCGGUCUGCUUGGCUGAAAUAGAAAAACACAAAGGGGUUGAAGUCAUCACAGCUCCUACCAGCGUCAUCGCCCAGUUCAAGGAGCCUUUGUUGUUACCAGGCAAAGUGACAAUCAGGUUUUGGGAGACAACCAAAAAUCUCCUUUCGUCUUCUACCCAAGGCCUCAGCUUCCACAUGCAGCAAAGUGGAAGCAACAUUUCACAUUUGGAGGGACUGAUUUCUAAGUCUUGAUUAACAUGGAGUGUUGAUAUUUGUGGUGCAAUAAAAUGUUAAUGUUUGACUUUU